ACAGAAUAAAGAAUUUGAAGUUACAAUAAGCUUAAAGCUAUUAGGAAUGAAAUGGAUUUUAAUGAAUUAUGUCGCGCUUGCCUACUAACAAUUGAUGGCUCAAAUAAAAUUAUCUUGUUUAAAGAUGUUUCAGCUUAUACUUAUUGGUUUUGCACUUCAAUCCAGAUUUUAGAAACUGAAGAUUUACCAAAAAUGUUAUGCUCUUCGUGCUACGAUUUGUUAUCAAAAUUUGCCGCAUUCAAACAAAAAUGUAUCGAUACACAGCAAUAUUUGUUAAAUUUAAAGUGUCAUAUUAAGAAAGAAACCGAAUGUUCAAUAUUUUACAAAACCAGAGAGAAAAAAAAUUCAGAUGAUAUUUCAACAUUGAGUAUUGGUGGAUCAAAGCAUGUAAUUCAAAGCGAGAUAAAGCUGGAACCCAGUUUUGAAGAAAUUGAAGGCACUUAUAGUAUUGAUGCUACGGAAAAGCAAAAUUUUAAAAAUGACAUGCCACAUACAGAGAUUCACAGUACAAAGAAAAUGGAUUUUUUCUGUGAUGUGUGCAAAAAGGUUUAUACGAACAGGAAGACCUUCAAUAAUCACAAAAAGAUUCAUGAGAACAGAUUAUGCAUUCCCUGUAAUAAAUCAUUUAAAUCACAGCCUGCAUUUUAUCAACAUAACAAAUUGAAGCACUCACAGUGGACUUUCAAAGACACAAAGUGCAAGAAAUGUGGAAAAGUGUUCAAAACUGUUAAAACACUACACUUACACAUGAAGACAAAACAUAGUGAAACCAACAAGUACAUUUGUGAUGUCUGUGGUAAAAUUAGCAAUUCCAGAGGAAAUUUAAAGCUUCACAUUGACCGACAUAUUGAUAAUAAAGAUUACACUUAUAACUGUGAACAAUGCAACAAACAGUUUAAAUCUAAAGUAGCACUACAAGGCCAUUUCUAUCGAUCACACACUGGCAAACAAUACAUUUGUCAUUAUUGCAAUUUCUCCUACAAAUACAGAGAUAACUUAAUCAAGCAUUUAUUAACCCACGAAGGAAAGAAAUUGCACAAAUGUACUCUUUGUAAUAAGUCAUUUUCAACACGCUCGUAUUAUAUAGAACAUCAGAGAUUGCACUCCGGAGAGAGACCGUUCAGCUGUUUGUACUGCUCAAAGAAUUUUGUAUCUAAACGUCGCUUGAAUGACCAUCACAUGAUACAUACAGGGGAGAGAAAACACAAAUGUACGAUUUGUGAACAGAGCUUUACACAAAAGGGUAGUGUAAAGAGGCAUAUGAAGAUACAUAAUAAAGUACAGCCUGUUUGAGAAGAUGGUCUAUAGUUCCUAAAUG